UUUGACGAUCCUUAUCUAUCUACGGUACCGAUAUCGUCAUCGAGACACCCUCUGGGCUGGGCCAAAAAGGUUAGGAAAGAAGAAACUGGAAAGAACGAAACGAAGGGAGAAAAAGAACCUGGGGAGAAUCUGGCUAGCGGUAUAAUACUAUUUUCUCGAGAAUCACGAGUUUGCCUUUGGGGGGAGGUGGUGGAUUUUCGAUUCGAGAGGCUGUACUCUCUUUUCUUUUUUUCCUUGCUUCUUUCGUACGGUCGGAAAAACGCUGGGCACUAGAGAUUUGAGGAUUACAAACACAGAAGUGGUAACAUACAAUCGCCGCUUUUUGUUGUGAGAAAGAGGUCAUUUCAUGGGUUCAGCUGAUACUAGAUAACCCCGCCCCCUCAUUACGACGUUUUUGUUUGCGUAUCCUUUCUCUUGUGAGGAGAGAGAAUUAUCGCCCUCAGCCUCUCAGCCUGAGUAGUUAGUCGAAGAAAUUAAGCCCAUUUAGUAAGCCACACGAAGAGAUACAUUUUUGGGGCUGCUCUCUUGGAGUCUUUUUCGCUUCUCUCACUUCUUGUCUUGCUCUAUUUUCCCACACCUACCCUUUUCGGUUCCCCUGCCGCGCGGGGAAAGGGGGAAUUUCCUUAUCCUGGGUUACGAAACCCCCCUCCAUCGAGCACUUUUAUUAGUUGCUCAUCGCGCGUGGUUAUAACAUUCGACUCACAAAAGCGGGGGGAAGUUUGUGCUUGUUUGCAAACAUAUCACUACUGGACUCCUUUGCCUGUUUCCUCCCCCCUCCCCCCCCACGUACGGAAAAGGUACGAGGAAGAGAGAAAGGGAAAAAAUUGGUUGGUUGGGGUUGUGUUUUUGUUUAUGUUGUGAUUGUUUACGGCCAGGAGGAUUUAUCUUGGCUGCGUUCUCAACUGUCGAGCUCAAGCUAGCUCGGCUUGUGUUUUGUGGUCGCGUUUUGUACAAAACCGGAUCGACGACCUGCGACGCCCACGCACGGAGGACGUAUCCGGGAUCUGUAGACAGGAAUUUUUUUUGUUCCAUUGUUCCCAGUGUACCAGGCGAAAGAAAGGGAGGAGCAGGCACUGCAGCACAACAAGCGGCAGCCACGCCGCACGCAACGAAGCAGCUCCGUCAUCUGUCACCAGUGUAUUUCACCCCGACUUCGCCGCGAAGAUCGGGGUAAGGCUAUCGCGUGCACUGCCCUUCGACGUAGGCCUUUCUUGGCUGAACUUACAGAGGGACCUUCUUGAGAACAUCCUUUCUCUCUGUUUAUCCCCCACCCCUACUAUCGACGAUACGCUCAUCUUUUAUCGGGUUUCUUCUGAACACCAUCUACAACGUCAAACAAGAUGGCUUCCGUUGUGCCUCCUUAUCACUACCAUCCACCUCGGCAUCCGGGAUCAUUCGUCCCCACUACACCCCGCUCCUCAACAUCGUACUAUCCAUCCUCAACAUCAACCGUGCCGACUUCUUACUCUGUCACCGGCCCGCCAUCUUCGAUAUCGACUUCUUCAUCACCUCGCUUGAACCCUGGGCUUGCUGCCGCGCGACAUGUUACAAAAACUCCUGGAAAAUUGCACAAGCGCGGACGGUCAUUUUUGAAAAAUAAGGAAGAGACUGUCGACGACGUGGAUGAGGGAUUUUUCUCGGGCCCUGGUUCACCUCCACCGUCGUUUGAUCACUUCGAACAGCCCUCGCUCUCGCACUCUCAUCCGGCUUCCGUAUCGGUUGCUGCGCACAAGGCUCGUGGAAAAAUAAAGCCGCUUCUGAAGAAAGUUAGCGGAUCUCGUUCAAAUUCUCUGGAUCUGUCCCGAUCGGAUGGUGGACUUCCAAAUGGUGUCGGAUUGGGUAUUUACGAUGGAACUGGAUAUGACUCGAGUGGGAUCGAAGAUGAUUCGCCCUUCGCUUAUCGGCAUCGGAGAAAUUUUUCACAAACCAGUGGGAGCUCUCCUUUACUCGUUGGCGCUAACCAAACGUUUUCUCACCCUAAGCGGCAGCUUCCAAGAAGGGGCGGGUAUACACCAGAUGUCACGCAGUAUAACACAUCGAAUGAGUCGAGUGACGAGUCAGAUGGUGAGCAUACUCUGGAUAGGACUCGGAGGAACGCGUUGGGAGGCAGCAAGUUGCCAGUUCCAGGUGGACUUCACUUGAAUACAGGAAGGAGUACUCCCAUGUUGCCUACUUUAAGCAUGACGGAUCUACACCAAAGGGCCAGGACCCCUAGCAUUCAAAUGACCACACCUAUAUCACCUGUAUCACCUAUGGAUCUACCUUCAACGGUAUUUCCAUCUAACGUAUCACAACACGGUAUUAAGGCCUCCUUCAAGCGCUCUCACAAUAGGGCCCGGUCGUCGCUGGACAAAUCAGUACCGGAAACAACCCCAUCAUUUGAGGCAUCUGUCACCGCAGCACGGCUGGCAUGGGAGGCGAAGGAGGAGAAAAAGGAAGAAAAGAGGGAACGCAAAAGGCGGCGUUCUGAAGCUAAGGAGGAGGAGCGAUCAAGGGCUACUUCACGUUGUUCAGGCCGUGGACGAGGAAAUUCCGGGUCGAGCAAUCAACAGCACUGGUCGCAUGAGUCGGAUUUUGGCGAUAAUAUUGCCAUUGGUGGUGUCAUAAAGGAGAAGGUUGGAGGGUUUGAUGGGAGCCGUGCCAGCAGUAAGUCACGCAAUGAUAGUCGCGGUCGUCACGGUACCGGCAAGAAGUGGGGAUUAUCCGGAAAGAGCGAAGCACCGAACCCGAAAGGUAAAAGGCCUGGGUUUAAGAAGCGCUGGCUGGGGUUCGUUGUUUGGGUUCGGAUCGGAGUGGUUAGGAUGCAGCGGAGAUUGGGCUUUUAGAAAAAUGGAGGUUUCUUGAAAACGAGGCUUCUUUUUAGGUGUUUCUUUCUUUUGUUCCUUUUUUUGUUCUUCCACGAGGUUUCCAUGUGAAUACGGGUUCUGACGCUUGUUCGAGUCUUCUUUUUUUUGGCUCUUCUGUUCUCUCUCGUCUUGUCUUUUGCUAUGCUUAUAGACAUGGACUUUAGCGGGGCUUUUCUUCUUUCUUUUCUUACACCACAGGAGAAACAAGAAAACACCCAAAGGAAAAAAAUGGGCUUUCUCUUUUCAUUAUGGUUCUUUUCAACGCAUUCAUUUAUGUCUUUUACGAAAUGGGGUUUUUUUCCUUCGAAUAUGGUCGGCUGUUUAUUGUUCAUUUUCUGUUUUCACUGUUUUUUUUUCGCACUGGGGGUUGGGGUUUGGAAAUUUGCUUUGAACACGUGUAUAUUGGGUUUUUCUUUUUCUCACUUUUCAUGUUUUCUCUUCUGGUUCAUUGCGCCCCAGCCGCUCCAGUCUGUCGGGAGGUGUUGGCGAAGUUUGUAGACUUUGGAGGACGUUGUACGUUAGUCAGCCCGAGAUGGGCUAACAUACCUUGGGCCAGCCGUUCACUCGUUUGCGAGAAGCAAGGAAUUGAAUGGAUUACCGAAGAAAAUCAGGAAAAAAUCUUAUGAUAGA